UAUUUGCAUAGCCGCCCUCCCCUUUCGGAGCGCUGGUGACGUCAGCCCGGGUUCUGCAGGCAGGUGCCGUCGCCUCGCGCCGCUUGUGCUGCUGCUGCUGCAUUUGCUGCUAGACCCGAAGUGCGUUCCCGAGAUGGCCUCCGCCACCGACGCCCGCUACGGCCAGAAAGAGUCCUCCGACCAGAACUUUGACUACAUGUUCAAGAUCCUCAUCAUCGGCAACAGCAGCGUCGGUAAGACAUCCUUCCUCUUCCGCUACGCCGACGACUCCUUCACGCCCGCCUUCGUCAGCACGGUCGGCAUCGACUUCAAAGUCAAGACCAUCUACCGCAACGACAAGCGGAUCAAGCUGCAGAUCUGGGACACGGCUGGGCAGGAGCGAUACCGGACCAUCACCACCGCCUACUACCGGGGAGCCAUGGGCUUCAUCCUGAUGUACGAUAUCACCAACGAGGAGUCCUUCAACGCCGUCCAGGACUGGUCGACCCAGAUCAAGACCUACUCGUGGGACAACGCCCAGGUCCUGCUGGUGGGGAACAAGUGCGACAUGGAGGACGAGCGGGUCGUCUCGUCGGAGCGGGGCCGCCAGCUGGCCGAGCACCUGGGGUUCGAGUUCUUCGAGGCCAGCGCCAAAGACAACAUCAACGUCAAGCAGACCUUCGAGCGCCUGGUGGACAUUAUCUGUGAAAAGAUGUCUGAGUCGCUGGACACGGCCGACCCCGCCGUCACUGGGGCCAAGCAGGGUCCGCAGCUGACCGACCAGCAAGCCCCCCCGCACCAGGACUGUGCCUGUUGAAGAGACUCCCAGGCGGAGCCCCCCUCACCCCGCCCCCCUCUCCUGCUGCACCU